UCGAUGACACUAAAAAAUCAAAAUCAAAAUGUUGAGAUUUAGGAUUUUUAUUCUCAUAUUUUCCGCAUUUUACGAACUUUCCCGGUGUUCAAAACCAGCAGGAUUGUACACACCACCAUGUGAUGUAUUCACCUUGAACAUUAAUAACUUUACAACCGUUAUAAAAGCCUCGGAAUCGGCGUUUUUUGUCAAGUUUUAUUCAGCAUGGUGUGGCCACUGCAUCAACUUUGCUCCAACAUGGAAACAGCUGGCUUCAGACACCAAAGGUUGGAGGCCAGCCAUCAAGAUUGGUGCUAUAGAUUGUUCCACCCUCGCUAACAUGCCAGUAUGUCGCCUCCAGAACAUCGAGGGAUAUCCAUCUAUCAAGUUUUUCUUGCCCAAACCAAAGGUUGAUGAUGAUGGCGUGGUAAUCGGGAAACAUUACGAAAAUCAAGAGCGUGAUAUUGAGACAUUGAAAAGGAGUAUGGUCGAAUAUUUAGAAAAUGCGACGUCAAAAUGGAAAUCAUUUGACCCAAAACGCUUAGCGCCCUUCAGUUCAAGUUCAACAAAAUCUCUGCAUAAAGACUGCAUAGAAAGGGGCCUUGAUCCCGAGAUCAUCACCAUCGUCAAAGUUUAUGAAGAUAGAAAGUCAUUGCUGGGCAGAGAGUUGAUCCUUGACACGUGUGCUUACUCUAACCAAGUCAUGGUCUACAGAUUCGUGGUGAAACCAGACCAGCUCAAAGCUAUGAAGCUCGAAACACUUCCAACCAUCAGGAUUUACAGUAAAGGCAGCACAACUGCUUUUCAAUUACCAUCGCUUCACUCGAACCUGUUGAGACACGCGUGCCGCUAUGUCAUCAACAAAAAAUACGGCAUCCCGAUCGGGUAUAAAGUGGAGAACGCGGAUCAGGUGAACCACUUGGACAAGACAAUGCAUCAGGCCAAGGAGACUGAGAAGCAAGAGGAGUUCCAUAAGAAGAUGAGGUUGUCACAUCACGCCCACAUGCAGGAUCUUGAUUCUGGUCUUUGGUAUUCGUUCAAUUACGAAAUAGCUGGGAAGAAGGUCAUUGAUGGAGACAAGUUUAUGGCACUGAAGGACUAUGUCACUGUCUUAUCGAAGUACUACCCUGGCCGCCUGGAAACCAAGGCCUACCUCAAAAGUUUACUCACUGAGAUCACAACUGUGUGGCAGACUUCAGUGACGGGUGAAAAAUUCAGCGCGUUCCUGAAGGAGUGUCAGGAUAAAGAUGAGUUUAUCCCUCAUUCCAAACCCCUGAGGUACACGGCAUGCCGAGGCAGUAAAGCCAACCUCCGCGGCUACACAUGCUCCCUCUGGCAACUGUUCCACACACUAACUGUCAACUGGUUCUUGGAAAUGAAAAGAGCUGGUCAAGAACACAACACCGACAAAAAGCUUGAGAUCCUUGAUGUGAUGAAGGGCUAUGUUUCCGACUUCUUUACCUGCAAAGAAUGUGUCAUCAAUUUCAAGAAGAAGCAUAUUCCUGCCAUGCAGUUGGUGAAGGACGUUGAAGGGGCUGUCCUCUUUCUCUGGGACGCUCAUAAUAAGGUGAACAAGAGGCUGGCCAAGGACAUCAAGACCAAUGAUCCACUCCAUCCUAAACUCCAUUUUCCACCUCAAGAACUUUGUACAGAAUGUCGUAAAUCAGAUGCAAAAGCUGCGGAGGUGAUUUGGGAUAAUCAGAAAGUUUUGCAAUUUCUUGUUACAUUUUACGCCAAGGAUAACAUUGUACAGGAUAAUGAGCAAAAAACAUGGAGUCGUGUCAAAAAAGUAGAGAAUUUGUCCGAAAAUUCUAAAAUAAAUCCUAAAUUUAAUGUUUUGAAAAGUAAAAAAGUGCAGAAAAGUCUUUUAGAUCGAGAGAAGCGUUUAUCAGAAAAAGAGGUCGACGGGAAAAAUGAGAAGAUGGCACUUUUAAAACUGCGUGAAUUGAAUACACGCCACCACGAGGGGAGAACACGAUCUUUUCUCAAUUCUUGGGGUCUUAGUAAUAUAGAUAUCAGCAUGUGUGUGGUGUUUUAUAUCGUGUGUUCAUGUAUCAUUUUGAUGUUGUAUUUUCACUUUACGGUACGACGGAAGUUCAGGUGUAAAUACUGUCAGGUAUGACGUUUCUCAGCCACCUGGCUUCCCUUUUACACACGGCCACAGUGCAGAUGUGAUUAAUGUCAUAAGAAGACUGAAAAGUCUCUUAAUUUGUCGUCUUGGAAAUACAAACUAAGAGAUUUUUCUGCAUCUGGUGCGAGUGCAGGCCGAGGCCAUUUGGUUUUGAUGAAGCCAGUUGUUGGGCCUACCCUGUUCAUUGCACCGACUGCUGAUGUUGUUAAAAGGAGAAGUUUGGUGGCUUGUUUGUGAUUAAACAAAUGUUCUAGUCAUCAGUGUUCAAGCAUGUUUCAUUCUGUGUCUUUGCCUUCACAAAAAAUUGAAAAAAAUAAAGCAAAAGAUGAGCUUUAUUCAUGUUAUGCUCCCUUGACUUGAAUGCUGACAGCGUUUCUCUGGUGUUUGGAAUUUCUCAUUUCACUUCUGCCUUUUGAAUAUGACGGUGAAGGUGAUUGCUCAUUGUGUAUGUUAUCAGAUGUGUGUGGGAGG